AACAACGCACAGCCAGCAAAGUCAUCAUAGAUCUAGUAAUAAUAUUAUACGAUUGACAGUUGAUGUAGUUAAGAUGGUAGAAAUGAAUAUUAAAACAAUUUCAAGUGUGAUAGCGACUAUACUGUGUAUAUUACCAGUUCAUGCAGAACCAGGGGACACUGCCUUCCUACGUCCCCAGUAUCCUGUGAAGAAAAUUGGUGAUAAGGUAGAAUUUGAAUGUAGGUCACCCCUCAACUAUACUAGUAUUGUGUAUGAAUCGGUGAAAUUUGAACUAGAACAUGACGGCAGGGUAAUUUCGGAUAAUCCAGAGUACCAUUCUGUGAUAAAAACGAUUUAUAGCGUUUGGAAAUUUUCAAAGGCAAUUGCCUCAAAGCAAGAUGCUGGGAUCUACACCUGUAUUAUUACACCAUCUGAUAAUGGGAAAGUUGUCAGGGUGAUGACAGAACUGUAUGUUGUGGAAGGCAAUGAGAAGACACAGCUUGUGGAGUUAGGAGAAAAAACAAAAAUGUCUUGUUUGAGUUCCAGAGAUGAGCUGAAUGUUCCAAUAUUUACAGUGGUGAAUGUUGAUGGAGAAAAUUUAAACGGCUCUGUUAUUUCUGAAACAGUGAAAGAAGAUGCAUUUAAAACGUACAUCUGCCUUGUCACCACAAAAAAAGCUAUGGACAGUUACCGAAAUAUGAAAAAUGCAGUAGAAAACGGUGCUGUAGCUGAAAUUAACAUGACUCUUUCAGUGGUAGAGGUAAAAGAUUGUACAGACAGGACAUCAUGUGCGUUAGAAGCGCGGGUUUAUGGUGAGACUCCUGUAAACAUAUCGUGGCUGGUUGAUGAGAAGUUGCUUAGCCCAGAACUGGAGGUGGAGAAAAAUGUGACAAAAUCGAAGACUUCUUUGUUAAAUCUAACAACUACAACUCCAAUAGAGGUGCGUGUCAGUGCUGGGCAUGAUAAUAUAUGGAGGAAAAAUCUUACUUGGUCUCAAGACUCCACAACUGUCAAGCCUGGUGAUACAUCAUCCAAUGUUGGUGCUAUAAUUGGAGGUGUGAUUGGAGGUAUUGGAGGUCUUGCAGUCAUUGUUGGUUUAGUUGUAUUGGCAGUCUACUGUUUCAAGAAAAGAAGAAAUGGACAUCCAGAAGAAAAUGGUGGACCAGAAGCACAACAUUUGAAUACCACAGUGGCAAUGGAGAUGGGACAUCGACAUGAUCAGAAUGACAUAGAAGAACCUGCACAAAUGGCAGAUCAGAAUGGCGAGGUGCAUGCAGACCCUGAUGCCUGAGUC